AUGUCACGAAGGGGAAAAUCGAUCAACUAUGUCAAGAGCCCCUCGUAUAGAGGCAUCAGAAAGUUAAGCAGCCAAAUUCACAAGUCUGACCACAGUGAAAAAUCACCAAAGAAAAAUACUCAACAGAAGACAUCUGCAGAAUUUCCUCAAACUGAAAUACAUAAAAAGAACUUCCCCUCCUUGAAACCCACUCCCAGCUCCCAAAGAAGCAGUCACAAAGUUGAUUCUCUUUGGGUAAACAAGGUAGACAGCAGUGUGCAAAAAAACUGUCUUGGUGAAAAAUGCCCUGAUGAUUUCAGAUCUACAGCACCAGGACACAGCCCUGGUGCUGGUCACUCUUUCAUGACUAACACAGACAAGACCUCAACAAACCAGCAAACUAAAAGUCCUAGAAUGUGGAAUAGCUUAACAGCAUCAGAAGAUGAUUUUAGACAUACUACACCAGGUCACAGCCCAGGUGCUGGGCAUGCUGAAGAAGACAGGGACCCAAACCUUACAACUUCAGAAGUAGAAACCACGUUUCCCCCACCACCAAGCAUUACCUCAUUUUUCAGUGAAUCGGCACUAGUAUCUACUAAUGAUUUUCGACCUACAACCCCUGGUGACAGUCCUGGUGCUGGUCAUUUCCACAAAAAUAAAAUUGACGUACAGAGAACAGGAUAUUGUCAUAGUGAAAACUGCACAGAUGAUUUCCGACCAACAAAACCAGGGGACAGUCCAGGAGCCGGUCAUUCUUAUACAGACAGAAUCACAUCACAACAACACAAGCACCCUGGCGUAGCACAUCCCCAUGCAGGAGGCAAAGAUGAUUACCGGCCUACUAAGCCUGGCCACAGUCCAGGUGCUGGACAUGCUUUUUUAAAUAUGCAAGAGCCAAACCCAUAAAACACUGUGGUAAGAAACUUCGAAAGAUCCCAAGAAAUAUAGAUGUAAUAUAUGAAGUAUAUAAUUAAGGUGUGCUGUGUAGAUCAUUUAUCUUAAAAAAUAGUUAUAGAAUUGCAAUCUUUGAAUCAUCCUUUGCUCUACCUCCUACCUCGCUUCCCUUCCUUGUCCUAAACAACAAGUCAUUUAAUAUUUUGCAUGUAUCUUGUUGAGGAGAACAGUAGAGAUAUAACUACGUAUUGAAGGUUAAUCCAUAAAAUUAAGCAAGCAACAAAAUACACAAGUCAAAUUCCAAACGACCUUCCCACCGUCAACAAAGAAAAUGACAGAUCAUCAUUUUUUUUGCAGCCUUGAAGAGGAAACAGAGCGUCAAGAUAUUGUGUCUCAUCCCAUACCUGGUGCUAUGAACAUCCAGAACGAAUCUCGACAGGCAAGACAUGGGGAGGUCCAGACAUAAGUAACCCUAAAUGUUACUAGCCAAAAGACCGUUAGGGAGAGUGGGAGACUGUAAACACGUUAAUUUUUUUUGUAAAUGGUUACAAAUUUACUCGGAAAACCCAGGCGGAAAUCAGAAUAACCUUCUGACUUUUGAACAAUAUACUUCAGCGGAAUUUUAGGUAGUGUCAGCAAUCCAACAGAAGAGCAAAGCAUUGUAAUAUUGUAGAUUGAAGUAAAUUUCAUUCUUACUAAACAUCAAGACACUUUCAUAAUAUCGUGAAGGAUAAAAACAAUGUAGAUCAGUUCAGUAGCCAAGUCCGCAUCGGUCAACAAAUGAAAUAUUAGUAAGGCUCUAGGAAUCUUCUCAAGUUGACACUGAAAUAGAGGUACACCAGAUUUCAACAAAAGGAAAAUGAGAGUGGAGCAGUAAAAACAUUGAAUUACAAAGGAUUGCCGUAGUAAAAACAUUGAAUUACAAAGGAUUGUCGGAGUAAAACAUUUUACUUCUUGUUAUGGCGGAGUAAGAGUUCAAUUUAUUCAAUAGGCUCUGUGAUCAAGGAAACAGUUGCAUUACUGUUCCAGAAGGGUGGUACGACAAGCACCUGAACACCAAAAUUACUAAAGAGUGUCCUGAUGUUUUGAUUUUCAUGACAAAAAUCUCCGAAUUAAUCCCUAUUCCCUCUCAUCUAAUCAUAUGAAAAUUGCAGGGUUAUAAUUCAAGAAGUAUCUUGAAUUUUAUCCAAAAAGUGACUAAAUGAAUAACAUUAUCUCAAACAGGGUAGUUAUUAGAAAACCAAAAUCUCUAGCUGCUGCUUAAUUCAAUACUUCGCUUAUCCCAGACAUCCACAGCCAAAGUGCA